AUGUUCAUUUCACAAAAAGAGCUGAUAAACACGAAAGAUCCUUCCCCUGGAGUUGCGUCAGCACUGCUCUGUGUAACUACCGUGGUCCAUAGCCUUACUGUAUCAAUCAUUACCGUGCUUACAGGCCCAGUCUCCCGAUCACGUCUCAGUCCACCAAAGGCACGUCGUAAGAUUAAACCCAUAUUCAUUAGGAGAAGGCUCUCAUCCACUGAAAAUAAAAAGGUUCGUAAGAAGAAGGUGCGCCCUGCUGAUGAUUCAGUAAAUUCUCAGAGUCGGAUUCUGAAGCCACGGAAGAGCAGACCUCGUCCAUUUCCAGAGAGACCAUCCAAGGAGAAGUCAGACUCAGUGAACACAGCCAUCGGACCUGUGGAGAAGGGAAUCAUGGGUUCUUCGAUUCAGUCAGAUGUAAGAUCAGUGAGAGCAGCCGUCAAGAUCGAUUGUGAAGAGAAAUGGUCCGCCAACGACGAGUCCAAUGGAACCUCGAGAAGUGGCUCCAGCAAGGAGCUACCUGUGAUCCCUGGCAAAUUCCAUAGAUGCUAUCUUACCCGUCGGAGUACAUUUCGACAUAGGACAGAGCGAUCGUUUUACAGUUACAGUGCGAACAGCCGAUAUCGGGGGCGACUGCACAAAGUGUUUGUCAGCGGUAUGAGUCCACGGAAUGGGAAGAAGGCGUCGCCAAAAAAGAGGAUCUCUACAGAAUCCGCCGACGAAGAAAAGACAACGACAGUGAAUUCUGAUGUGAUCCCUCCGGCCGUGACCGACUCCUCAUCCAUUUACGGGAGAAUGACGGCAGCACCAACAAGUAUCGUCAUCAGGACCGUUGAGAAGAAGUCAAAGAAGAGAGGGAAGAAGGGAUGGCGGAAGUCGUGGAUCUGA